UUUACGAGUUUCAAUCUGUGGAGAGAAAGAUGAGUACUGUUCUUCCACUUCCAAAUUUGAUGGAAGCCGGAUUGAACCAUUCUUCUUUCAUGGCCCAACUUCAUCUUCAUAAGGAUCUUGACGCUGGAGCUCUCUUUGUUCUCAAAUCCAGAGGAUCAUGGGUGCACUGUGGAUAUCAUCUAACAACUUCGAUUGUAGCUCCGGCGCUUCUGAGUUUACCAUUUGCGUUUGCUUUGCUGGGUUGGGUUGCCGGAGUGCUUUGCCUGACUAUAGGAGCUCUAGUCACAUUCUAUUCCUACAAUCUGCUCUCCCUGGUGCUCGAGCACCAUGAACAACUUGGACAGCGGCAACUUCGUUUCAGAGACAUGGCCAGAGAUAUAUUAGGACCCAGGUGGGGCCGUUAUUAUGUGGGCCCGCUUCAGUUCUCACUAUGCUAUGGUGGAGUAAUUGGUUCCAGUCUUGUUGGGGGUCAGAGCCUUAAAUUCAUUUAUUUGCUCGCCAAUCCAAGUGGAGGGAUGAAACUUUAUGAAUUCAUAGCUAUCUUCUCAGUUUUAAUACUGAUUUUGGCUCAAAUACCAUCAUUCCACUCCCUACGACAUAUCAAUCUUGCUUCACUAAUUCUUUGUCUUGCCUACAGCAUGUCUGUGACUAUAGGUUCCAUUUGCAUAGGAAAAUCUAUGAAAAUGCCCAAGGAUUAUUCUGUGAAUGGCCAUGGAAUAAAUCAGGUUUUUGGUGUUCUUAAUGCCAUUUCCAUCAUUGCUACAUCAUAUGGGAACGGGGUCAUUCCUGAAAUACAGGCAACUAUAGCACCGCCAAUUAAGGGGAAGAUGUUCAAGGGCCUAUGUGUUUGUUAUGCAGUGGUAGUAACCACCUUCUUUAGUGUUGCCAUAUCGGGAUAUUGGGCAUUUGGAAACAGAGCACAGGAAACCAUUUUGGCAAACUUCAUGAUCAAUGGAAACCCUUUGGUACCAAAGUGGACGAUUUUGAUGACAAAUACCUUCACUCUCCUACAAGUAUCAGCUGUUUGCUUGGUUUGCUUGCAACCAAUUAAUGAGGUGCUUGAGCAGAAGCUAUCUGAUCCUAAGAGCAAUCAAUUCUCUAUCCGCAAUGUCAUACCAAGGUUAAUCUCUCGGUCAUUGUUGGUGAUCAUGGCUGCUACUGUUGCUGCAAUGUUUCCAUUCUAUGGAGAUCUCAGUGCUUUGGUUGGAGCAUAUGGUCUCAUUCCUUUAGACUUUGUCUUGCCAAUGGUCUUCUAUAAUCUGACUUUUAAACCAUCCAAAAGAAAUGCAAUCUUUUGGUUAAAUACAUUCAUUUCUGUGAUCUUCUCCAUAUUGGGGUUGCUGGGAACAAUUUCAGCAGUUCGACAAAUAACUCUGGAUGCCAAACUCUAUCGCUUGUUUGCAGAUCUAUGAAAGUGUUGUGACCUUCUUUUUUGUAGUACAAGAUGUAAAUAGAGGAUCUUUUUGAGUAUAAGGCUGUGUUUGG